GUUCACUGUGUUGGUUCACAGCUUCCCGGUCUCUUUCUUUCGCCUUCGGUCUUCCAACCAAAACCAAAAUUUUUGAAAUUGAGAAACAUGGCUACUGCAGUGCAUCCUGCUUCUCCUUUGCAAAACCAAAAAGUUAAACGCUUUCGUGGUCCCGGUAAAAAGAAAAACAAGAAGAAAAAAGUCGAAGAGGGAAGUGCAGAACACAUCUUGCAGCUUGAUGUCAAACGUGUUCUGAACGGCAAAACUUGCGAUCAAGUUCCAUAUGAACGUUUUCAAGAGAUUGAAGUGAGUAUUCAAUACCUCUCAUCUUCAGGUGAUGGAAUUGGUCUUGUGAACGAUGAUUCAUAUGCUGUGGUCGUCCCGUUCACUCUUCCGGGCGACAAAGUUCAUGCCAAGUUGCAUUUUUUGACAGAGACGUAUGCUCUCGCAGACUUUUUGGACGUAAUUGAACCUUCUAAAGAAAGAGACAAUUCAUUAAUCAGAUGUAAAUAUUUUGCUAAAUGUGGUGGCUGCCAGUAUCAAAUGCUGGAAUACAGCAAACAACUUGAGCAAAAAAGGAACGUCAUUAUUAAGGCUUUUGAAUACUUCUCUCACUUGCAACCCGGUCAGCUUUGUGAAAUUGGUCCUACGGAAAGCAGUCCUAUGGAAUACAACUAUCGUACCAAAAUUACACCUCAUUUCGACGUUCCCAGAGGCGGAAUUCCUGAAGGGACUGACUUAGUAAUUGGUUUUCAAGAGAAGGGUCGUCGUCGUGUUUUUGACAUCGAAGAGUGUUCCAUUGCUACAAAAUGCAUCAACGAAUCCAUGCCGAGUAUUUUUGCUGCUACUCAAGCAAAGAAAUCGGAAUAUAAGAGAGGUGCUACUAUCCUUCUGCGCGAUGUGUUUGACGAAAACAAUGAGCACAAAGUUGAGACAGAUCACAAGGCCGUCGUGAAAGAGGUCUUUGGAAAGUUUACUUUUAAGUUCCCUGCUGGUGCAUUUUUCCAGAACAAUAACUCUAUUCUUCCUAAGUUUACCUCUUUCGUUCACUCUCAACUUUUCAAUUCCUUCGGCGAUGAAAAGUUUGAAGCGCCCAAAUACCUCGUUGAUGCUUACUGUGGCUCUGGGCUGUUCAGCAUCACUUGCAGCGAGGGCUUUCAAUCCGUUAUUGGUGUAGAAAUUUCUUCUGACAGUGUGGCCUAUGCUAAAACAAAUGCUGAAGCUAAUGGUAUUAAGAAUGCAGAAUACCUUGUCGGCGAAGCAGAAAAAAUCUUUGCUAAAAUUGAAACGCCCGCUGCUGAAACGGCCAUGAUCAUCGAUCCUCCUAGAAAAGGAUGUGACACGGCAUUUUUGGAUCAAUUACUUACAUACAGUCCUGCUCGUGUCGUUUACAUCUCCUGCAAUGUCCACACACAAGCUCGCGAUAUUAGCUACAUUCUCAACCAUGAAUUGGGCAAGGACUACAAAAUCAACGACGUCCGAGGUUUCGAUCUGUUCCCUCAGUCUCACCAUGUGGAAAGUGUGUUGACAUUCACAAAAUGCAAAAAUGAACAGGCAUCUGCAUAAAGGAAUACAUUGUGUGUUUAGGGUUUCUGGUAGAAAUUAAUUGGUAAAAUAAAAUCGUAU